AAAUUACCGUCGCGUCCUGGCUCCGAGUCGAUCAUCUUCACUAUACUCCAAGUCUCCAUACACCCUCCUCAGCAUUGAAAGUCCUUAUAUCCGUAUCAAGACACGUUACCUAUGUCAUUAAGUACGGACACUACUGAGAUAUCCGUUUUCAUACAGGAGGAUUGCCUUCGUCAUCGAUUUAUUCGGUCAAAGGAUGUUUCCAACAUUGUGGAGCGACCAGAGCGUUUGCGCGCAGUGAAUAUCGGAAUUUCAGCAGCAAUUUCCAGACUGGAGUCUGUUUCCUCUGGCUUCGACUCUUCAAAUGAACCCGUGAUUCCGACGGAAUCAAAGUCAGAUAUCGACCUAACCGACGACCUCACAGCUGCAUUAGACAAACUCAAAUUGGCAAGUUCAUCAUACCCAACGCCACUUCCUUUGAACCUCGUCAAGAGCAGUGCGAAGGUUGAACUUCUCAACAAUCCUGCUGUGAAAUUCGUCCAUGGCGACAUAGAUGGAGACAUGUAUCUAGAAAAUCUCAUUAAAUGGUCGAAGGAAAGCCGAGACAGAAUUGCUCAAGAUGGAACUGAGAUUCCAUCUCCAUUAUCACAAGGCGACCUUAUAGUGUGUCCAGAAUCUAUCGACGCCAUCCAAGGCGCACUGGGAGCUUCAUGCGAAGCUGUCGACGCCGUCCUUGGUGGAGUUGGAAGUAACAGCCUUACUUCCCGAUCGAAACGUGCAUUUGCUGCGGUUCGACCUCCUGGUCAUCAUUGUGGCGAGGAUACGCCUUCAGGCUUUUGCUUCGUCAACAACGUCGCUGUUGCUGCAGCACAUGCGCACUUGAAGCACGGCAUAAAUCGUGUCGUUAUCCUGGACAUCGAUCUACAUCAUGGAAACGGAACUCAGUCAAUCGUAUGGCAGAUCAACGAAGAAUCCUACCGUAAUACGAUCGAGGCUUCGAAUGGUUCGCAAGCAGCGAAGAUCGGACCUCAAAUAUUCUACGGGAGUUUACAUGACGUCCUUUCGUAUCCUUGUGAAGAUGGAAAAGCGGAACUAGUACAAGCAGCUUCAGUAUCAAUACAUGGGCCACAUGGACAGUACAUUGAGAACAUUCAUCUACAGACGUAUCAAUCAGAAGAAGAAUUUUGGGAGAGGUUAUAUAAUCAGCGAUACUCGAAGCUUCUGAAGAAAGCUGAGAGUUUUAUAGAAGAGACUGGGGGUCCUAGUAGUGAUGUUCUCGUAUUCGUCAGUGCCGGGUUCGACGCCAGUGAACACGAGCACCAGUCGAUGCAACGUCAUCAACGACGUGUCCCUACGUCGUUCUAUUAUCGUUUUACCCGAGAUGCUUGCAAGUUCGCAGAUCGCGUCGCUCAAGGCAGAAUCAUCAGUGUUCUAGAGGGAGGGUACAGCGACCGUGCUCUCAUCAGUGGCGUCAUGGCCCAUUUGAUUGGGUUGGCGAGUGAAAAAGAAGAUGCGAUUGAUGAGGAAUGGUGGAACACUCAAAAUCUCGCAGCACUCGAGUCAACAACGAAGAAACGAAGGGGUGGUCGACCGUCACACACGAAACUUCCGGCUCCGUGGCUUCAGCGCACGCUAGAGGUCCUCGCAACCAUCGACUCGUCUCCCCCUCCCACCAAACCUGUCAUCCCUCCUUCCUCUAUGUCCCUACGAGGGCGCCAGAAGCGUGCAAGCUCGGGCAAUGAUUCAACUGGAAGUAUUGUCAAAGAUCUUGCAUCGAAAUCACUGAAGGCGGAAUCGAAGUCAAACAACGAGGACCUGCAAAAAGCUUCGAUAACAGAAAUCAUUGGAGAUACAUCCGACAGUCUCUUGUCCGAUGUAUCAGAGAAGUCAAACGGGCAAGUCCAGGGGAAGAAGUUACCUCGAGUUAUUCUCAAGCUAAGUCCAAAACCAGAAUCUGAAUCAUAGAACAGAAGAUAUAUGCCACAUUCAUAUACCCUAUACCUUGCUUCUAUAUGUACUUUUACGAGGUUAUCAUGUGCAACACGAUACCAACUUAACUGAUCAAUCCAGAGUAUCUGACGGGCAGGGCUGUCGGCGAACUCAUUAGCAAGCAAUACGCCUUGAGCAUACGUCGAUGCAUCGGACACCAUUAAUACCGAACAUA